AAAGAAAUAGACAAAUAUAACUAGAAAAUAUUUAAAAUAAAAAAAUGAGAAUAAUUGAUGAACAUUCCACAUAAACCAAAGUGGAGGCAACAGACACGCUGACACCAGGCAGGCUCGCGGGGAUAAGCUCGGUAAGGUACAAACUGAAUAAAAAUGGAGGACAUUGAAGACUUGGUAAAAGAUGAUGGUGAAGUUCUGGUUCCCCGCAAUCGCAAUGCUGUGAUGCCAAGAGUGCGUCGGCGGAAAGGAAUUCUAACAAACAAGGAGAAUGAUGAACAUGAAGGAGAGUGUGACAGUUUUAUCCCAGGAACACAAAAAGUGUACCUCAAGACCUGGGGAUGUGCCCACAACAGCUCGGAUAGCGAGUACAUGGCUGGACAACUGGCUGCAUAUGGAUUCAAGAUCAUUGAGGAUAAGCAAGAUGCAGAUGUUUGGGUUCUGAACAGCUGUACUGUUAAGAGCCCAGCUGAGGACCAUUUUCGUAAUGAGAUAAGAGCCGGAAGAGAAGCUGGGAAGAAGGUGGUUGUGGCAGGCUGUGUUCCUCAAGGUGCCCCACAGUCGGAAUUCCUUCAAGGGCUAAGUGUUGUUGGUGUUCAGCAAAUUGAUCGCGUUGUUGAAGUGGUGGAAGAAACUCUCAAAGGAAAUUCUGUAAGGCUGAUGGGUCAGAAGAAAGAGCAUGGUAAAAAGCAGGGGGGAGCUUCACUUCUUUUGCCAAAAGUGAGAAGAAAUCCUCUCAUUGAAAUCAUAUCCAUCAACACAGGAUGCCUUAAUCAGUGCACUUACUGCAAGACCAAACAUGCACGGGGACAGCUUGGAUCAUACCCAAUUGAGGAGAUCGUUGCUCGAGCCAAACAGUCCUUUACUGAAGGUGUGUGUGAGAUAUGGCUCACAUCGGAAGACACAGGGGCAUAUGGGAGAGACAUUGGUGUGACGCUCCCAGAUCUAUUGUGGAAACUUGUGGAGGUUAUACCUGAAGGUUGCAGGCUAAGAUUAGGCAUGACAAACCCACCUUACAUUUUAGACCAUUUAGAGGAAAUUGCCAAGAUUAUGCAACAUCCUCGAGUCUAUGCUUUCCUGCAUGUUCCAGUUCAAGCUGCAAGCAAUGGUGUCUUGGCUGACAUGAGAAGAGAAUACACUGUGGAAGAGUUUUGCAGAGUGGUAGAUUUUCUGAAGGAAAAAGUCCCAGGGAUCACCAUAGCAACAGAUAUAAUCUGUGGCUUUCCUACAGAAACAGAGAAAGAUUUCCAGGAAAGUAUAGAACUGUGUAGACGUUAUAAGUUUCCAUCCUUAUUCAUCAAUCAGUUUUAUCCACGGCCAGGAACUCCUGCAGCCAAGAUGCAAAGAAUACCAACAAAGGAGGUGAAAAAUCGUUCAAGACAGCUGACAGAGUUAUUCCAGUCAUAUAGACCAUAUGAUCAUAAAUUGGGAGAAAAGCAGACUGUCCUAGUAACUGAAGAAGCUCAUGACAAGGAACACUGGGUUGGACACAAUAAGUUUUAUGAGCAGGUACUAGUACCCAAACAUAGUGACUUCAUGGGUAAAAUGGUAGAAGUUGAGAUCAUUGAAACUGGCAAACACUACAUGAAGGGACGGCCUUGUGAAGCAUCAAAACCUGUAUCGCCAGCCAUAUCAGAACCUCUGCCAAAGGGCAAAGUGUCAGGUUUAAUUGAAACUUCAAAGGACACCCUCGACAGUUCUCAGAGGAAUCAGCUGAAGGAAGAUCUUGCCAAACAAGAGAGAUAUAUCAUAUUGAGCUUUGUACUUCUUAUUUCAGCACUUCUAGUCAAACUUGCAUGGGUGUGUUUCAAAAUGGUAAAGGAUGUUUCUAUGUGAUAAAGUUUUAUACAUUUGAA